AUGAGGAAUAAUCUACUUCAACGGCCCCCUUUCCUAGAAGAGAUUUUUGUUAAUACUUCACAGGCUACUAGAGAUUCUGCUACUAUAAACUUUAAGGAUAGGAGACGGGGCAGGGAAGGACUCAGUAAAGCCUGUAAAAUUUUCAGUAACAUCCGAAAUGGUAAGAUUUAUGUGAAUGAUGUGCAGCCAACCUUACGUGCCUUAAAGAUUUCCAUGAGUGAUGGAGACCUGCGUCAGGCAUUGAAAUGUGUUUAUAUCGAUGUAAAUGGUAUGCUGGAUUUUUCAAACUUCAUGGAGAUUUUGAAUGACAGGGGUUCCUUCUCUCAAGACCCAGCUUUCCAGGAAGCAUACCGAAUUUUCAGUAAGAUAAAAGGAGGCCGGGUUGCAGUUGAAGAUGUACUUCCUCUUCUGAAUAUCUUGGGAGUCUCUGUAAGUUUUGGUACUUACCAGGAAGUGAUGAAUUACUUGACUCAAGAGGAUAAUAAAACGGUGGAUUUUAGAGAUUUUCUGUUUUCUUUGGAGGAUUUACAACAACAAUAUGAGGAUGUUGUAAUUAAGGAUUGGCCAUCCCAGGAUGAGAGUGAUCGGAGAUUCUCAAAGACCCGUGGUAGUAGGCUGUUUCAGGAACUGAGGAAGAAGAGCGGCACAUUCCCUAGAUCAUCUGAAUCUUCCUCCACACGGUUAAGUAAAAGAGGGUCUGAGGAGACCGACCUCUUAUCCUCACCGCAAAGCCACAAAAGAAACUUGAGUUUGAAAAAGACUUUUGAAAGGGUCGAUGUCAAUGAAUUCCUUCAGACAAGCUCAAAAACAAGCAUAAGCUUCAAAAAAGUCAUAAGUCAGUCAGAGACAUAUAGGCUGGAGGCUCCACCCCCCAAAGCCAUCCCAAGCUUCAGAAGAUCUUUCCACGAAGCUGACAUUUUCGUUGCCUCAGAGUCCCAACAAAAGAUUCUGAAGACAGAAGAAGUUCAUGAGCUAGAGCCUGUAAAGAUUAGCUCCAGAAAAUCUCUGGAAGAAAUUGAUAAAUAUGAAAUAUGUGUCACUGGGACCCAACCACGUGGCAGUAGUAUUUCUCUCAAGAAAUAUCCAGAUAUAGAAGAGAUUCCUAGUGUGAAGAAGAGUUCAAGUUUCCUAAAAUACUCAGAAGAACCUGAGCAGAAAUAUGGAACUUCUGUCACAGAUCUCCAACCACCAAGUGUAAAGAAGAGUAGUCAAAUCCUCAGAAAACCAUCGAGUGAAAUUCAUGUUCCAGAGAGCCCAGUGGCCUCUUUGGACUUGGUUGAGCUUCAACCUGAAAAAGCAAAAGAAAAGGUCACAGAGAAGCAGUUACCAAAAGCAACCGAAGACAUACAAGAUUCCCUUGGAUUUUUCAACAAACUCACAGAGGACAAAGUUGCUGUUAAUGAACUCCAGCCUAUCUUGAAGAUUAUUGGAAUGGAUUUAUCUGAUGACGAAUUAGAGAAGGUGCUGCAAAUGACUCCUGCAGAUGAUACUGAAAUGGUGGAUUUAAACAACUUUAUGGUUAAUCUGGCCAAAGCCCGACAGUUCUCAGAGUAUACUGUGUUGAAAGAUGCCAUUGAGAUCAUUGACAAAUUUGAAGAUGAAAAAGUUCCCUUGGAUGAAGUACGGCGCAAAUUGAAGAAAUUGGGAAUCUAUUGUUCCAAGCAUGAAUUUAAUAAAGCCUUAGAAAAGAUACCUCCUGAUAGCGAAGGAAAAGUGGAUUUUAAUAAGUUUGUUAAAAUUCUGAUGAGUGACCCCUGGUUAGGCCAAAGAAAAUCAUUAGAAGAAGGUCUUAAAAAAGUGGAGACAUUUAAGGGCAACAAGGUUUCAGUGCAUGAUUUGUGCGACACUCUGCACACAUUGGACCCUGAUUUGACGGAAGAGGAAUUCCAAGAGGCACUGAAGGCAGUGCCAAAAGAUGAAAAUGAGAAUGUAGAUUUUGACAAGUUCUUUCAGGCUCUAGAAGAUACAAGACAACGAGCACAGGAGACAAUAGCACCAUCUGAGAAAAUCCUUGCCUUAAAUAUGAUCAAAGAUGACAAAGUAGACAAGAAGGACGUGGAUUAUGUCUUGAAGAGUAUGGGGAUUGUUUUGUCUACAGAACAGUUGGAAAAAUUACUUGGAUCUACAGAUGAUGACUUGGUGAAUAUCAAAGACUUUGUGUCAACUUUAAGGGGCACUGACAGUUUCUCCAAUUUUGUUGCAUUGAAAGAGACCAUCACCACGAUGGAGCAGGACAAAACAAUUCCUUUGCCUAUAAAAGAUGUAUAUUCAGAUGUACUUCAGCGCAAAUAUGGUCUGGAAUCCGCAGGAGUGCCAUUAUCUGAUCAAGCAAUUCAGGAAGUAGUCGGUGCUCCUCUUCUUGAAGGUCCAGAGAGAGAGAAAUUCAAUGUAUUUAUGACGGCCUUGUCUUGGAGUGAGAAACUUCCUGUGAAAGAUGCCUUGAAAAAGGGUGUUGAUGUUUUUACACAUUUGGAAGCUGGAAAGAUUAGUGUUCCAGAACUGGAGCAUGCCCUGGCUAAUUUAAAUAUCAAUUUACCAAAGGAAAAACUGGAUCAAAUCUUUGCAUCUUGCGCCACUGAUGAGCAUGGGAAUAUACAGUUGAAAGAUUUCAUCAGUGGUUUAACAGAGAUGCCAGAGUUUGAUGAGUCCAUAGCUUUGCAGCUGGCCUCUUCUGGCCUAGAAAAUCUCCAUGAUAAUAUCAUUGAUUAUGAUGAACUCAAGGACUCGUUGAUCCAACAGGGUCUUUAUGCAGCAAGUGAAGUGCUUGAGCAAAUGUUACCGGAAGUUACCAAUGAACAAGGCAAGGUAGAUUUGUCUAAAUUCAUGGGCAUCUUAUCCAAAGUGCUGUUGGUCCCUAAAGCUGCUGGCAUUAAAGAGUCUCUUAGUCAAAUCAACAUUCGCAAAAGUGAUGAAAACAUUGUCCCUGAGCUUCAGGAAAGGCUACGUGUCUUGGGAAUCCACUUAAGUGAUGAAAAAAUACAGGAAGCGUUGGAUGCCACUAGUGUCAAUGAGGAUGGAACUGUGAAUUUAAAGAACUUUGUCAAUAACUUGGCUGCAACAAAAAAAUUUGAUAAAUGCCAAAAGAUAGAGGAUGCAUGGGAUAUGGUCAACAAAAUGAGUAAUGGGAAAGUCAAGGUCGAUGAUCUGUCCCAUACAUUGGAGAGUUUGGGGAUGAAGUUACCUGAUAAAGACCUUGAAGAAGUCCUAAAAUUGAUUCCCCCUGAUGAUGAUGGAUCAGUAAAAAUAAAGGAUGUUAUCGAGAUAUUGUCUAAGACUCCGCAAGUUACAAGGCCUCAUGGAUUAAAAAAGGCAUGGACUGUCCUCAGCAGUGUCACUGAUGGGAAAAUCAAGAAGCCUGAUCUGUCUCCAGCCCUGCAGAGCUGGGGAUUUGAGUUAACUGACGAAAAGCUUAAAGAGACAGUGAAAUCUAUGGAGCCUGAAGAAUUACAAGAUGCCUGGGUUGUUGUCAACAGUGUCUCAGAUGGUAAAGUAAAGCCUUCUGAUUUGAGAUCUACACUAGAAAGCAUGGGGGUGGAUUUAGAUCCAGAAGAAAUUGAAGAAAUAUUGAAAUAUGCUCACAUUGAUGGAUUAGAACAUGCAUAUAAUGUUGUCACUAAUGUCACGGAUGGGAAAGUCAAGAUGAACGACUUGCCAUCUACCUUGGAGAGCUUGGGGUUCGAUUUAGAUGAAGAUGAAGUUAAAGAAGUACUGAAAUCUGCUGUGCCAGAUGAAGCUGGGGAAGUGAAUUUAAAGGACCUCGUCAAGAAAUUGACCCGUACCAAAAAACUGAAUAAGACCCAGCGAUUGGAAAAUGCAUGGAUUGUGGUCAACAACGUUAGUGAGGGGAAGGUCAAUGUCAGUGAUCUAGUGCCCACUUUGAAGAGUUUGGGAAUCAGUUUAACUGAUGAAGAUGCUAAAGAAAUAAUGGAAUCUAUUGAGACUGAUGGAGAAGACAUGGUGAAUUUAAAAGAUAUUGUCAAUAAAUUGACCAAGGAGAAAAAAGAAAAGGUCCAAAGUCUAGAAGCAUCCCUUGCUGUCACCAAUGUCACAGAUGGUAAAGUCAAGGUUAGUGAUCUUCCACCUGUCCUGGAGUGGCUGGGGGCCAGUAUAAGCAAAGAAGAAAUUAAUGAAACACUGAAAUCUGUUGCGGUUGAUGGAGAUGAAAAGGUUGUUCUCAAGGAUUUUGUCGGUAAAGUACCCAUAUCUAAACUUUCUCCCAAGAUCCAACAAACUCAAAAUAUCUAUAAUGUUGUCAGCAACAUCACUGAUGGAAAAAUUAGUAUUGAGGAUCUGGAACCCACUCUGGAGAGCUUAGGGAUCGAGUUAAAGGAGAAAGAGGUGAAAGAAGCACUCAAAUCUAUUCAGCCUGAUGAAGAGAGAAAUGUGGAUUUUAAGGAUGUUGUUAAGAAAGUGACUAAGAGCCUUAACUUGGCAAACACUCAACGAAUACAAAAAGCAUCUAAUGCUAUUUCCAACAUUACUGAUGGGAAAGUUUAUGUUGAGGAUCUGCCAAGUACUCUGGAGAGCUUGGGAAUUGAUUUAAGUGAUGAAGACAUUCAAGAAACACUGAAAUCUGUUGAGCCUGUUGAAGAUGGAAAGGUGUUUUUUAAGGAUGCUAUCAAUAAAGUGGUUGAGACCCAAAACAGAAAAAAGUAUGAACGAAUUGCAAUUGCGUCAAGUAUUAUCGGCAAUGUGACAACUGAUAAAAAAAUCAAAGUUGAAGAUCUACCCCCUACCCUGGUGAAUUUGGGGUUCCGAUUAAGCGAAGAAGAUAUUAAAGAAACACUAAAAUCCUUGGAACCUGAUGAUGAAGGAGAAAUAGAAUUUAAGGACUUUACCAAGAAAUUGAUGAAGACAGAAAACUUUGCAAAGAGCCACCGAAUACAGAAUGCACAAAAUAUUGUUACUAAUAUCUUUGAUGGGAAAGUCAACAUUGCUGAUGUGAUGCCAACCCUGGAGAGCAUGGGGGUUGAGUUAAGUAAAGAAAAGCUUGCAGAAACUAUAGAAUCCAUUAAACCGGAUGAAGAGGGAAAGGUGAAGUUUCAGGACAUAGUCGACAAAUUGGUUUCAAGUAAAGAUGCAUUAAAAGGCCAACAAAUAGAAAAUGCAUGUACAGUUCUUUCCAAAGUCACUGAUGGGAAAGUUGCUCUCAAAGAUUUGUCACCUACCAUGGAAUCCUUGGGGAUUGAGUUAACUGAUGAAGUUCUCGAAGAAACACUAAAAUUGGUUGAACCUGAUGAUGAUGGGAAAGUAGAUUUCAAGGACAUUGUCAAGAGAUUCCUUAAGAAAAAAAAGUCACAAACAGCCCAAAAAAUACAAAAAGCAAAGAACAUUGUCUCUACUGUAUCCAGUGGGAUGGUCCAGGUUGAGGAUUUGUCACCUACACUGGAAAGCUUUGGAAUCAAACUAACAGAUGAUAUGCUUAAUGAGACCCUGGAAUAUGUUGGAACUGACGAUGAUGGAGCAGUGGAUUUAAGGAAAUUUGUGAAGGAACUAUCUAGGGAUGAAGAAUUUACAAAGGACGAAAAAACAGAAAAAGCAUUAAAUGCUGUCACCAAGUUUGCUGAGGGGAAAGUCAAGAUCACUGAUAUAUCUCCUACCCUGGAGAGCCUAGGGGUCAAGUUAACCAAACAAGACCUUCAGGAAGCAUUGAAAACCGUGGAGCCGGAUGAUGGACUGGUGAAUUUGAAGACCUUUGUUGAUAAAUUAGCUACUGUUGAACAAUUUCCUGAAUGCCAACGAAUAGAAGAUGCAUGUAAUGCUGUCACAAACAUCUUUGAUGGGAAGGUAAAAGUUGAUGAAUUGAUGCCUACCCUGCAGCACUUGGGAGUCAAGGUCACUGAUGACCAUAUGAAAGAAACACUGAAAAUGGUGACACCUGAUGAUGAUGAAGCAGUGAAUUUACAGGAAUUUAUUGACACUUUGGCUAAAUCUGAACCAUACGGUGAUAUACAGCGAAUGGAAAAUGCGUGUAAAUUUGUCAGCAGUACCAAGGAUGGGAAAGUGAGGAUGGACAAUUUGUCACCUACUCUGGAGACAUUGGGAGUGGAUUUAACAUCUGCGGAGAUGAAGGAAACUCUGAAAUCAGUCCAGCCUGACAAGGAUGGAGCCGUGAAUUUAAAGGGUUUUUUCAAGAAACUGACUGAAAUGGAAAAUUUUCAGAGGUGUAGACGACUAAAGGAUGCAUGUGAUGCUUUUGCCAAGAUCAUUCAAGGGGACAUCAACAUUAGUCAGCUCAAACCUACAAUGAAGAAUUUGGGGGUUUCUCUGCAUCAAGAUGAGCUUAAUGAGGCACUGAAAUCUGUGGAGGUUGAUGAACAUGGAGGAGUUAAUUUAAAGGACUUUGUCAAUGUUUUAUCUAAAACUGAAAAUUUUUUGGAAGGUCAACGAUUAGAAGAUGCAGGUGACAUUAUCUCGAAAGUCACUGAUGGGAAAGUCAAGGUCAGUGAUCUGGCCCCCACCCUGGAGAGCUUUGGAGUCAAGGUAACUAAUGAAGACAUUAAAGAAGUAUUGCCAACUGUCAAGGUGGAUAGAAUGAAACAGACAAAUAAUACUGUCAGCCAUAUCAUUGAUGGAAAAGUUAUACUUGAUGAUUUGGAAUCUACCCUGGAGAACUUGGGGGUUGAGGUAACUGAGAAGGAACUUGAAGAAGUAUUCAAUGCAAUUGAGAUUGAUGAAGAUGGAGCAGUGGAUUUAAAAACCUUCAUGAAGGCUUUGGCUAAAAUACAGGAAUUUCAUGAGUACCAACGAAUCGAAAAUGCCUGUAACAUUAUCACCAGCAUCAUUGAUGGGAAAAUCAAGAAGGAUUAUCUCCCAGAAACCAUGCAGAGCUUUGGGAUUGAGUUAACAGACAAAGAGCUUGAAGAAGCCUUGGAAACAACUGUCCUUGAUGCUCGAUAA